GAACUGACAAACUUAACAUGCCUGAGAAACACCUUAUAGAGGAAAUAAAGGAAAUGAAUAAAAAACUUACAGUUUUGAAAGCACAGACAACAGAAAACGAAAAAAUAAAGCUGAGUGGAUAUCGGAAUAGAGGAUACAUAGAAAAGCUCAAUAAAGACAUGGAAGAUCUAAAGCGAGAAAAGGAAGAGGUCGAAAAGAAAAGAGAAUACCUUCAGAAAGUAGUGAAACUGCAAGGAACACUAGAGAAAAGAGAAGGGAAAACAAUACAGUUGAAAGAUCGAAUAGAGGAACUAGAACAAGAGAAUGAGCAAAUAGAAGAAUUAAUAAAAGAAAUAGCAGAUCUCAAUCAAAAAAGGGAUCAGUUGGAAAACGAAAUAAUCAAGCUUAAAAGUGACAUACGUGAGUUGAAGAAAGAGAUCAAAGAAAUGAAAGAAAACCAUGAGAACCACCAAAACAGCAUGAAAGAUGCUAUUGCUAAGAGUGAGGAGAAUAUAAAUAUUUUGAGGUACGAAAUGUCUGUCAAGAUCAGGCAACUAGAAGAUAAUCAUACUAGAGAAAUGGACGAAUUAAACAAUUUCUUCGAAAAUGACGUAGAUAAACUUAAAACGGAACAUUCAAAAAUGGAAAGUAAACUAAAUGAGUAUAAAAAGCAUGUUAGCUACUGUACAGAAGAAAAUCAGCACAUUUUGUACAUUGGGCAACUUUGUUCAAACUUGCAAACAAACUGGUAUCGAUAUGUCAUGCCGAAGCGCUGCCACGUUGAGCAUCGUCCUUAUAAAGUUAAGGACAUUAUAGACGAUAUCGAUGAUAGAGUCCUACUCAGUGAAGAAGAGCAAAACGAUGCCAAGAGGAGGUGGAAAGAGUUGCAAAGUAAAAUAGAUUGGAAGAAGAACAAACGAUCGAUAAAAGCGAUAAAGCGAAUACAACACCAGAGAAACCAAGCCGCGCAUCCCAAAGUCCUUAGUGAAGAAGAAGCAAAAAGUGCGGCCGAGGAGUUAAGAAAACAAGGAAAAUUGAAUGUAAAACCUUCAUUUGAGGAUGUCAUUGAAUUAAUCAAUCUAUGGAAAUCUUCAAUAUCCCUGCACUAAAGACGAUCCGGCUGAUGCAUGUGACCCAGCUCGUAAAACACUUCCAUGUUCCUCGAUCACAGACUCAUUUACUUAGGGUUGGCCUCAUAUCAGCGUUAAAAUAUUCACAUUUCAAAUAGGAAAUGUAAAGAAAAUAAUACACAACUUUAACGGCAAUACCAGCACUUUUAAAAGUUCA